ACAACAUAAGCAACUGCUUUUAUUUAGUUUUUCGAUUUCAAAUGGCAAUAAAUGCAAAUACAAUACAGAUAAAAUAAAAUAAAUGUGUCAAAGUGUCACCCACAUCCUAGGCUACUCAACAUGUAUCUUCACUUUAAUUAAUUUAAUUGUGAUUAUGAACAUGAGAAAAUGAGGCUAUAUUUAAUUCUCAGAUUCAUCCUAAUCUCCUGAGAUGAAGUUGAAUGUCUUCGUUUCCGCUGUGGCUCUACUUGGUGCCUUCCAACCCCGCUAUGAAUGUAGAGCUAUUGAAACCCCCGGAGCACUUGAUUCAUUCCACAAUCUUCAGGCAGAGCUGCAACAGCAACUCCCUAUUCUUCUGCGACUAGGAGAGGAGUACUUCAUUCGGCUUGACAACUCCAAUCAAAAUUCGCCCCAGUCCUCAUUGUCGAAUACAUCUCCUGGAGCUGCUGCGCGGUCAACAACGGUCAACAGGGCUUUACUUCAGUUUACGCAGCGUCUUCUGCAAGGUAAAGUCGGUAACAGCAAUCGGUUUCUGAACAGCUACGCUAACCAGAUGGAUGAUUCCAUGGAGAGAGGAAAGAGGACCUGGCCGGGCGAAGAGCCACCGAUCUCAUUGGACCUGACGUUCCAUCUGCUGAGGGAAGUUCUAGAAAUGGCUCGAGACGAGCAAUUAGUUCAGCAGGCAUAUAGUAACCGGAAAAUGAUGGACAUAUUCGGGAAAUGAAAGUGUUAGAAAUACAUUUACCAAAUAAGUUGUGUACAUCUUACAUAAACUGUACGUUACUAUUCCAUUUUUGUUUUACUCUUGAAUUGGUUAACUUUCGUUCUUUCAGUUAUUAUUUUUUAUUUUGUAAAAUC